AUGAUAGGGUUGAGCAUCAGUCAGACUUCAGUGACAAUCAGUGGAUCAACUGCAAAGCCGGAAAUCGUCAUGAAAUUCUUGGUAAUUGUUCUUGCUAUCUGGGCAGCUGCUGCCUCCGCUGCUCCAGAGCGAGAACGUCGGUCCCUGGGACUGCCUGGAUCACUAAUUUUGGGUGGUCUUUCACCCCUGGGGCUGGGCCACGCUGGGAUUUUGGGCCUUGGUGUUCCUGGAGUGGCUGUUGUUGGACCAGCAUCUGGAUCAGUAGCUGUUGUGGGUCCAAGUGCAGGAUCAGCAGCUGUUGUCGGUCCCGCUGCUCCUGCUGCUGCUGUGAUCGGGCCAGUUGGGCCUUCGGCUGCUAUCGUCGGACCCGCAGCAGGAGCAACUAUUGUUGCUGGACCUGCUGGUGCUAUUCACACUGGAGGACACGGCCUCAUCCUUCCUGGUCUUAUCCACGGUUAAAUGCUCAAUCAUCUCGUGGCCAUCGGCAUUAUUUGAGUCAUGAGAAAUUUUACAAUUAGACUCUGGCUGACGAUACAUUCGGAUAUUUUAUCGACUGCCUCGAGUCUAUGGACACACUGCCUGGCAAAUACUCCGAAAAUCAUGGAACUUAUCGUGGAUAUUUAAAUAUCACCUCACUUAUCUCACUCGUUUGCUAAGUUACAAUGACUCUCCAAAGCGUUUCCAUGUAUUUGAACGAUCGAUCACCGUAUCCCAUCGAGUGGACUGUUCUCCAUCGAAGGAUAAGUUCUGUAAUCUACCUCAAAGUUUCUUAUUCUCUCCGAAUUUUUUUUUCCCUACUUCCUUCAACAUAAUUGCAAAUGAACUCCAGGAAGUUCCAGUCUUCCUCGAGGGUCAUAACGAAAUGCAAUUUUUUUGUUUUUCGUGAAUUCUCUGUCGAUGGGUAUCGGAAAGGGUGGAAAAGUUCUGGUGAGUUUC